GUUGAAGCUGAUCAUCGGAGCUGUUCCACAUGGUAGGAGCUGAUCAAUUGUGAGGUGAGAAGAGCCUUGCUACAAGAUGUCACAAGAUAUUACAAGAGUGAGCUGCGCCACAAGUGGUUUUGAUGAGACGGAGUGGUUGCGCGAGGCUGCACCAUUGCCUGCUGCCUGCUGCCUGCCUGCUGCCAGCUGUCUGUUGCCAGCUGUCCUCUUUUGCCUCUGAAAGCAACACUACAGAGAAUCUUACUCACCAGUCCACACCACUUUCUACUCGCCUGCCGGACCGUCUUUUCGUCUUAAAUUUGUCUCUAGACACCAAACGUCAAGACCACACGCAUGCAAGCGGACCCACUGAAGUAGCCUUGUCGCUCACUGAUAGCUCGAUACGCCCAAGUGAGAUCAUCGGUUCUUCUCAGAAAGAGCGUGGCAGAAAGAAAGUUAUUCACAAUAGCUGGAUAGGGGAGGACUAUCCGAAGUCGAGAUACAAAUGCGUCUCAUCAACACUAAGACGCUGAAGCUAGAAGAAUUCUUCGAUCAUGCUAUACCAAAAUACGCCAUCCUGUCUCACACUUGGGACAAGGACGAGGUCCUUCUCACAGACGUAACGGGGUCGCUUUGGGACGCGAAAGACAAAGCAGGCUUCACGAAGAUCGAGAAUUGCUGUAGGCAGGCUGUCAGAGAUGGAUGGGAAUACGCAUGGGUCGACACUUGCUGUAUCGAUAAGCGGAGCAGUGCUGAGCUGAGUGAGAGCAUAAACUCAAUGUUCCGAUAUUACAAGGAGGCACAGGUGUGCUACGCCUAUCUUUCCGAUGUUCCACCAGAAGAUUUCACGAAUUGCGACACUACCGCUGUGGAUGACUCGGUGGAACGAUCGGCCAGAACGACCGAAUCCUCCGCGUUUUCUCGAAGUCGCUGGUUUACGAGAGGAUGGACGUUACAGGAGCUUCUUGCUCCCGACCGAGUUGUCUUUUACAAUAGCAACUGGGAAAGUUUCGGAACGAAAUCAACUCUUCGGGACGAGAUCUCGUCCAUCACCAGUAUUGAUGAUCAGACUCUUAAUGGUCGCUCGUUCGAUCAAUGCAGCGUCGCUCGCCGAAUGUCUUGGGCAGCAAGACGGAAGACUACCAGAGUUGAGGAUACUGCAUAUUGUCUCAUGGGAAUCUUUGAUGUCAAUAUGCCUCUACUGUAUGGCGAGGGGAAUAAAGCGUUUGAACGACUACAACGUGAGAUCAUGAUGAAGUCUACAGAUCGAUCCCUUCUCGCGUGGCGUCUUGAAGCAGAUGAUGUAAACGCUUAUCAUGCGGUGCUAGCAAGGUCUCCUGCGGCAUUCGCGACCUGUCACUCAUUACGACCAUGUCGUCCUCUGAAAUACGAUGAUGCCAUCAUGGAAAUGACAAAUCUCGGUUUGCGUAUCAGCCUACCUCUAUGGCCCUGGUAUCGUUCAAAGACAAGCAACAGGAAUAUUCCUGACCCUAAAAAGAGGCGUAUUUCACCGGGUCUGGGCCCACUUGAGUCAUGUUUUAUAUCGAAACCGAGCUAA